CUCUAAAUGAAAUCUUUUUCUGUUGUUCAUGCCCAUUUCAAACAAUUGGAUAAUGAAUGGUUAUUGAGGAGGAUUUUUGCAGCGCGCCAAAUGCUGUUCAGAAGGGUUGCCAUAUUUCGACUUCCAAGUCAACUACGGGGUAUUCGAACUUCGACACAGUGUUUGACAGAACUCAAGCUUACGUUUGCUUCAUCAGCCCAAGCAUUUUACAACAAUGUCGCGGUAAAGCAAGUUGACGUUCCCACUUUAAAUGGUCGUUUCGGUGUUUUGGCUGAACAUGUCCCCACAGUGGGUUGUCUAAAACCCGGUAUUGUGGCAGUCACUGAAAAUGACGGAAGUGUAAAAAAGUAUUUCGGUACGUUUCGUCUACCUAGUACGGGAAAUAGUUCAUUAAGUUUUAUUGUUAAUGAUACUGGUUAAGAAUGCUAAGUCAGUCAGUCAGUCGGCUACAACGUAAGACCAGACACAUAUAUGCAUCGGUCUAGGUUGCCACACCUCAUUGGCACAACAAGAUGAACACCGAAUUCAUAGUAGUUAAUUCAAUGGUGGUAAUAUAUAAAAGAAAGAUUGCAUAUGAUGAAAUAGUACAGUUGAAAGAAUUAGUUGGUAAAAAGAAAGAUAUGAAGCGAUUUUAACCUCAUAGUUCAAGGGAAGACAGAGUGUAUACACCUAUGCCAUUGUGACCGAUUCAGAGCCAUCUCACAUAGAAUCUCGAACCAUUGGUUACGAUAGUCACGCGGACCCGAACCAAGUAGUCUUCAUCUACCAACAUGGCUAAUAUUAGAAGUUAUUGACUUCGAGCAUUGAUGUUAGGUAAUUGUUUUUGCACUAAUAACCCAUUCAAAUGAUUCUCUACUCUUAAUAUUGAUGUUAGUUUUAGCAUCUACGAGUUACCAUUUCCAAUAAUCACAGUGACAAUUGACAGAGUAGUUCAUGUUCAUGUGAUCUUACACUUCACCAGGUUAUUCUGUUUAAUCGCUUUUGGCUCCUAGGAUAUGAUUGUCUUUUAGUUGUAAGAGCGGCACCACAUGAAAAAUACCGAUUGCUAGGAGUAGUAAUUCAUCUUAACUGCACAACUAACGACCAGCAUAAUGUAAGUUAAGUAUACAUAUAGAACUAGAACUUCUCAAAAUGUGGUGCAUCAAGAUAAAUCCAAAAAUAGUUUUAGGGAAACUCCUGGGAAAUGUCUUAGUCAUCAAAGCUUUAUGUAGCCAAUCCUAGUCAACGUAGAGCCUGACGUCACCCCAAGUUGCUAUGCCGAAUGAACACAACGAGAUGACUACCGAGGGGGUUAAAAUAAUAGCAAUAGCACUAAUAGUGGGAAAUAAACACCGAGAGUGUUUUCUGAAAAGGUAUUAAAAUAGGUAUGUAUAAAAGAUUAUUGAAGCUCAAGAUCUUGAGGAAAGUAAAGAACGAAUGGAUCUGCACCAUCGGUAUCGGUUCUGAGCUAACAUCUCCGAACACUGAUCAUGAUUAUCGCUCAAGUCUGCAUCUAUCAACAUGGCUCGGACUAACGAUAAGUAGCUUCAUGAACUGAUGCUAUAUCUUGGUUUGGGAACACUUUAACCUUCCUUCAAUCUUAUUCUACUAAUGCGAGUAUUGUUCACUUAAUAGUUUGUACUUAAUGUCUUGAGGGUGACUAAAGUUGUGUACAUUACAUUUUAUAGUAUAGAUAUUUCGUGACUGCAAUUCUCAUGUGCAAUGGACAAGCCACUUAUAAACCAGUAUUUUUAUUCACCUUACUUCCACUUUUUUUAAGACAGUGCGGUUUCGGUCAAAAGAUUGGUUAUACGGAGCUAUAGUAGAUCUGAAUUUUCGCAUCAAUUCUGACCAAGUUUAUCAUAACAUUAUUCAUCUUUAACGGAAAUUUAUGUAAGAAUUAGCAACGUACAUGUCUUGUAACUGCUACGUCUAUAAAGUAGCUAGACUUGGCUGUCGCGAUUAUCAUUUCGAACUUAACUGGGUGAUAUACUUGCCACUUGGGUUCCUACCAUAUCAAGCAGACUAUUUGAAAGGUGACAAAAUCAAUAAUUAUAGUGGUAAUAAUGGGAAAAACAGUUCAGUUAAGAAAAAUACAAACAAAAAGGAUUCUUCCAGUUAAGGUAGUUACUAUUUUAUGAAGAAAUUAAAAGAAAGUUACAGCAGGGUCGCCACUGACUUCUAUUCUGAGCCAUGUCUGAUAACGUCUCAAGGCUGUGUUGCAACAUAUCUAGGCCCUUAACCAGGGGUCCUUGAAGAACCAACAGAAGCAAGUCCUUAACAGCGUCCAUACCACAACAUGUCAUGCACUGGUCACUGGUCACUACUUUUUCCAGCCGGUCCCAGCAUCAGCAAACAAUGCACAAUGUGGAAUUCGCUGAGACAAAAAUCAGUGGAGGGUGAUGAUGUAAUCAAUACACCCUCAACCAGAACAAAAAACAACCUGCCAAUGUUUCUCGGGUUUUGAACAAUCUACAAAGUAUGACGAAGGCCAGUGGUUUGGACUCAAUCGGAAGUAGACUUAUUAUGUGAUAGUUGUUGCAUAGGUGAUGUGAACCCCUUUUAAAGAUAGGGACAACUAUCGACUCAUGCCGCAAUGUUGGAAAUUUCUCUAAGGUAGGCAACUUUACUCGCUAUUUUCAUUUUGUCAUGCAAUUGCAGCCAAUGCUCGUCCAUAUUUUUGGGUGGGAUGAUAGCUAGCCUUGAACCUAGCUUGAUUUAAUAUUUAGUUGAAACAGAAGCUGCAACCAAUUUGCUGACGACGACAUGGACUGACUGCGAGAAAGGGACAAGCAUGGUGAUAGAUUUGCAAUUUAUGUGCAUUCAAGAAAGUGGUUAUUUGCGGUAUAAUAUUCCCCCACAGACGCAUACACAAGACUACGCAGGUAUCACCGGACUACACCACUACAGAGAAUCAGAUCAAUCAUAUCAACAUCACUAAGAAAUUCAGAAGGUCAAAGGAAGACGUGAGAACCAAGAGAGCAGCGAAUAUAGCCUCAGAUCACCACCUGGUUGUCGCCAAGAUGAAACUGAAUCUAAAGAAGCAAUGGACAAAUGGGGAAUCAGGAUUACAAAGGUUCAAUACAGCCUUCCUUCGAUAUACUGACAAACUAAAAAAACUCAAGAUAUUUCUCAACAACAGGUUCCAAGUCUUACAAGAUCUACUAAGAGAAUCGGAAACUACUAUGAAUGACAAUCAAAAAGGGAUCAAAGAAGCACCAACUCCAACGUAUCAGGAGGUUCUGAGCUUCAACAGUCAUCGUCAUAAGGAAUGGAUCUCUAUAGAAACCCUGUUUCGUAUUCGAGAAAGGAAGAACAAGAAGACAACAAUUAACAACAGCCGAACGAGAAGAGAGAGUUAAGGCACAAGCUGAAUACACUGAGACAAACAAGCAAGUGAAGAGGAGCAUUAGAACUAACAAGUGGAAAUACGUGGAAGACCUAGUAACGACAGCGGAUAAAGCAGCAAGAGAAGGAAAUAUGAAACAAAUUAUAUGAC